UUGCAUUAAUAUUCAUCAGCAGUGAUGUUCGAGUGCUGGAGCCCAGCUUAUGUCGAGGAAGAAAAUUACUUUCUUUUUGAUAACUUUGAUCCAAUGAAAUUGCAAAAUUCUAGCGACUUAAACAACACCAGCAUUGAACCCCAUGAGCUUCACUGUAGUGGAGUUGAAAGAGAGCAGAAAGAUCAGAUAUUGGAAUCAUCAAUUGAUGUGAAGAUGGAGAAGGUCAGCCUAGUUGAUAUUAUAGAUGGAGGCCAAGGAGAAGUGGGUUUGGAGGAGAAGGAAGGUGGAAGUUAUGGAGACAUGAUGUGCGUGAAGCCUGGAUUGGAAGAUUUGAAGAGUGAACUGCCAAAUAAGGAAGGAAUUUUUGAUGGAGAGAGUGAUGAGGAGGGGAGCACGUCUUUAGAAUCCGAGUCUGACAAUGGGGACUCUUCAAGUGAUGCGUCCAGUAGUGAUGAAUCCAUGAGUGCUGCCGAGUCGCUUUCAAGCAGUGAAGAUGAAGAUGGUGUUGGGAUGAAAAGGAGAGAGACGAGUGAAGAAUUUGAAGAAGGUGAGGUGAGGGAGUUUGAUGCACAUAUGAUUGAUUUCCUUAGUGAUGCGGAAGUGGAAGGUUCUAAAGGACCCAUCCGUUCAAAAAAUGAGGUUGAGGAUCUUCCUCCAGUUCCUAUGGUUAAAGUAACACUACAGGCAAGUCACCAGCUGCUGCCAGUGGGAGUUAUUUCAUCUAUAAUGGGCAAUAGAGUCAUUAUCGAGGGUUCUGUUUUGCACAACCCUCUUAAUGAGGGAUCUAUUCUCUGGGUCAUGGACACCCGACUCCCAUUAGGUCUGGUAGAUGAAAUAUUUGGACCUGUCAAGAAUCCCUACUAUAUUGUUAGGUACAAUACUGAAGAAGAAGUGCCAGCAGGAAUCAGAGUGGGUGUAGCCAUCGCUUUUGUUGCAGAAUUUGCCAGUCAAAUUCUCAAUGACAAGGAGCUCUACAGGAAAGGCUACGAUGCCUCAGGUGAGAAUGACGAGGAGGUUGAUAAUGAGGUAGAGUUCUCCGAUGAUGAAAAAGAAGCUGAGUGUAAGAAAUCUCUGCGGGAAGGAAAGAGCGCGGUCAAUCAGUGUAAAGGUGUGAAGCAAGCUAGGUUUAAAGGGAAGAGGAAUAACUUAAUGAGGCCUAGGACCCAACAUAAGGACAUACGAAAACGACCAUCUUGUGGACAAUUAUCUAUGUAUCAGCCACAUCCUACAGGUCUGAUGCCGCCCCAACCAGCACCAUUAACGAGUCAAUCUGGAAUAAUUCCUGGAUCAUGGAGUUCACGGGCUUCUGCUACAAAUGCAGAUUUGAUACCACCCCCCACAAUGCCACAAUAUCCACAGGCAAUACAAGGGUUUAACUAUCUUGGUAAUCCAUCACAUCAGUUAUUAACUCAGCAUCAAGAAACUCCAGGGCCACCUGGAUAUUCACCUCUGCUACAGAAUACAGGAUUGCAAGGUGAUCAUUCAAUGCAGUUGCAGUAUCAAAAUGUAGUUUUAAAUAAUAUAGUCAACAUGAUGGCCUUUCAGCAGCUAAUUCAGCAGUUUGUUUCUCAUCAAGGAAGCAACUUGCCAUGGGUUGGUGCUGCACCGUCUUUGCAACCUUUGGGGCAGAAUAAUUUUGCACCAUCCCCAUUUAGUAAUGGAUUUACAAAUGUGCCUGGGACACCAGGCCUGGGUAAUGAGAUAAUCCAGGGUCAGGCUUCUUUAACACCAGGCCUGGGUAAUGAGAUAAUCCAGGGUCAGGCUUCUUUACCUUUUCCUCCGUCUGUGCAGUUUAAUGGUGGGAGUUCUACUUCGCAUUUUAAUGGCGGGAGUUCUUGGCCUCAUGGCAGAAGGCCUUAUCAAAGAGGUGGUGGCCGAUUGUUUGACCGAGGUGGUCGGCAGCCUAACAGAUAGAAUGAUAUGUCUGGUAUGUGGCGUUUUUAUGCUCCAUUUGCAAAUUGUAGCUCAUGCUUAGUGUUUUGCCCCUUCCGUUAUUUAACAAGAUGUGGUGAUAGAAAUGAUUUGAAGCGGGAUAGACAUAUGUAGAUUUCUCUCUUUUUUUUCUCCAAAAUAACUGAUUUUGAUUCACUCUUAUAUUACAUCUUUUGAAAAUUCUUUGGAAAGCUUUCUUUCCGAAGAUUCGUCUUUCCUUUUUUUUG